AGUGUGUGUGUGUGGGUGUGUGUAAUCUGACUUUGUGUAGGCUAGUUUUCCCUUAAAUAGUUGCCUUUGGUUUUGAUUGCUAGCAGGUGCCAUUUGUUUAAUGGGAUUUGUUUGAGUAAUAUUCGGUGCUACAUUAGUAGCUUGAUGGGUUACUUCUAGGCCUACAUGUUUGUGACUAUAACUUUGGUCAUUGGAGAGAGCAAUUGUGUUUUGGCUGCUUCGUGUGGGACACUGAGUAGUGCUGUGUGCACUGUGUAUAUUGGUUAGCAUAAGGUGCAGUUAACCAGUUGUGUAAAUGUGAGGAAGUUAUCCAGGAUGGCAACGCUUGAUAAUUUCAUUAGUGCACCUUCAGAGGAGCUGCUUGAGCAGUUUACUAAAGAUCAGCUCCUACAACUCGCCAGCUACUAUGAGUUUGAGAUUGCUAGUAGUGAGAAGCGUCUGAAAGAGAGUGUUAAAGAGGCUCUUAAGGCUAUGUUGAUUGAGAAAGGUGUGUUAGAGCCUGUGCCUCUGUCAGUUUCUCAAAAAAAUGAUCUCAAAACCUCCUCAAACUGAUUUUACUCUUGAGUUGAGGCUUAAGGAGUUAGCCUUACAAGAACUCCAGCUACAAGAUAGGCAGGAGGAGCGGUUACUCAAGGAGAAGCAGAUGCACCUAGAGCAUGAACGUUUCCUUAAAGAACUGGAACUUAAACAUGCUGCUGUGUCGCGUCCCUCUCAUGUUGAGUUGUCUGCAUUUGAUGCAGCUAAAAAUAUUCGAUUGGUUCCUCCGUUUGUAGAGAAAGAUGUUGAGAAAUAUUUCCCUCAUUUUGAACGUGUGGCUACACUUUCAAAAUGGCCGGAGCAUGCAUGGACAUUGCUCUUACAGAGUGUUUUGGUGGGGAAAGCGCAAGAGGCUUACUCUGCUUUAAGCAUUGAGCAAAGUACGAACUAUGAGACAGUUAAAGAGGCUAUUCUAAGAGCCUAUGAACUUGUUCCUGAAGCUUAUCGCCAACGCUUUAGGAGUCUCAAUAAACUUGACGGACAAACUUAUCUUGACUUUGCAAAAGAGAAAGAGACCCUCUUUAAUAGAUGGUGCAAAUCUCAGAAGGCCGAAACGAAAGAGGAUCUCAAACAAUUGAUCCUGUUGGAAGAGUUUAAAAACUGUCUGCCUAAUAGCAUUUGUACAUAUAUUAAUGAGCAACAAGUGUCCACCCUUGAUAGAGCUGCUGUUUUGGCAGAUGAGUUUAGCUUGACUCAUAAGACUGUCUUUGACAAACAGGGCGAGCAAAAAGGGAGAGCUUUGUUCAAUAGACCUUCUUUUUCAAAGCCAGCAUCAUCUUACGCCUCCUUUACUAGUAAACCUACAGUUGGGGGAACUUCAGUGAAGGCUUGUUUUUAUUGUAAGAAACCUGGCCAUCUCAUUGCUGAUUGUCCUGUCUUAAGUAAAAAGCCAACUCAAAAGAAAGAGUUAGCUGGCUCUUCAGCUUUUCUUAUGGAUGGUUUUGUUUCCUUAGAGUCUGACCCUUCAAAUAGGCAGCCUGUUAAGAUCUGGAGAGACUCUGGAGCUUUUCAGUCUUUGAUUCUCAAAGAUGUCCUCCAGUUUACCGAAGAGUCCGCUUUGGGCUCUAGCGUCCUGGUCGAGGGGUUUGGAGGGGGUUAUCUGUCCUGUCCUCUACACAACAUUGACCUUCAAACAGCUCUGGUCUCAGGAAAGGUAGUUGUAGCCAUUUGCCCAUAUCUCCCAAUUGAUGGUGUGUCCUUCAUCCUAGGGAAUGACUUGGCUGGGGGUAGAGUACUUACUGCUCCUGAAGUAGUUUCGUUCCCUGUAGCUAUUAAAAGUCCAGAUGAACUUGAGGAGAAAUUUCCAGACACCUUUCCAGUAUGUGUUACUACACGUGCCAUGUUUAGGAAAGACCUAGGCAAAGAGUCUGAUCCUGAGAUUUCUCUUUCCGACACCUUCCUGGUGAAGCUUGAGACCCCAGGGUUUGGUAAAGUGUUCCCCUCUCGAGAAGAACUUAAGCUUGAACAGGAGAAGGAUGCAACUCUGUCUUACUGUUUUGGAGAGGCUAUUUCUGAGGAUGAACUUAAAGCUGUCUCAUGUGGGUAUUUUGUGAAUGACGGAGUGUUGAUGAGAAAAUGGACGUCUCCCAAAAUGUCUUGUCAGGAUGAUUGGAGCAGUGUGUUUCAAAUUGUUGUUCCAAGUGCGUACCGUCCUGACAUCUUGCAUCUGGCCCAUGAUCAUUGUCUUGCGGGGCAUAUGGGAGUUAGGAAAACUCUGGACCGUGUGAUGAGGCAUUUUUUUUGGCCUGGAGUGAAAAAUGAUGUUGCCCAGCAUUGUAAAACAUGUCAUGUGUGCCAAAUUGUUGGUAAGCCUAAUCAAAAAAUACCUCCUGCACCUUUACACCCCAUUCCAGCUAUCGGGGAACCUUUCGAGCACAUAUUGAUUGAUUGUGUUGGUCCACUCCCUCGCACCAAGUCAGGUAAUCAGUACUUACUGACUAUCAUGUGUAUGGCUACUCGGUACCCUGAAGCCAUUCCUCUGCGUCGGAUUACAGCUUCAGCAGUUUCUAAGGCUCUAAUUAAGUUCUUUACGGUGUUUGGCCUUCCCCGGGUUGUUCAGACAGACCAAGGGUCAAAUUUCAUGUCCUCCGUUUUCUCUCAAGUGCUCAAGCAGUUGUCGAUCCAGCAUCGUACAUCGUCUGCUUAUCAUCCAGAGUCUCAGGGGGCCCUAGAGAGGUUCCACCAGACUCUCAAGACAAUGUUGCGGGCCUACUGUAAAGAGUUUGAGAAAGAUUGGGAUGAUGGGACCCCUUUGCUCCUUUUUGCAGCAAGGGAGGUGACCCAAGAAUCCCUUGGUUUCAGCCCAGCUGAGCUGGUGUUUGGCCAUACUGUGAGAGGUCCUUUGAAAAUGUUGAAGGAGAAGUGGUUGGAAAACCAAUCUGCUCCUACCAACCUCUUAGACUUUGUGUGUGACUUCCGGUCUAAGCUAACAAGCGCGUGUGAUCUAGCUAAGAGAAAUCUGAAGCAGGCUCAAGUAAAGAUGAAGGGAUGGUAUGACAGGAAGGCAAGGCACCGAGUUUUUUCACCAGGGGACAGAGUUUUGGUACUUUUGCCUCUUACUGGUUCUGCUUUGCAGGCUCAGUAUAGUGGACCAUAUGUGAUUGACCGCCAGGUGGGUAAGUGUGACUACUUGGUUAAGACCCCCGAUCGUAAGCGAAAAACACGCUUAUGCCACGUUAACCUGUUAAAGCCUUACUGUGGGAGAAAUCAGCCCAUUGUCGCAGAUGUGAAAACUGUUGCUGUGGUAAACACUUUAACUCAUGUAGGUGAGGACACUAAUGUUGUCAUUGUUCCAGAGGGCAGUGAUGUUGUUUCAGACGAUCUUAAGUUUACUGGAUUAGAAUUUUCUCAGGGUAGAUUGCCGAAUUCUAAAGUUCUGAAUAACUUGGACUUCCAUCUUUCUUAUUUGGAUUCUCCCAAACGUUCUGACAUCACUGAGUUGAUUUAUAAACAUCUUGCCCUGUUCUCUGAUGUGCCGACACGCACAAAUGUUCUUCAGCAUGACAUUGAUGUAGGUGAUGCUGCUCCUAUUAAGCAGCAUCCCUACCGAGUAAAUCCAGUUAAGCAACAAAUUUUACGUAAGGAGGUAGACUAUAUGCUGCAGCAUGGUAUUGCUGAACCCAGUACUAGUUCAUGGAGCUCUCCAUGUCUACUUGUUGAGAAGUCAGAUCAUACACCCCGGUUUUGUACUGAUUUUCGUAAAGUUAACUCUGUGACCAAACCUGACUGUUACCCUCUUCCCCGACUGGAUGACUGUAUUGACAGAGUAGGAUCUGCAGGUUUUGUUACUAAGUUAGAUCUUCUGAAAGGUUACUGGCAAGUCCCUCUUACUGAGCGAGCCUGUGAAAUUUCUGCUUUUGUGACACCAGACGAUUUCUGUCAGUACACUGUCAUGGCUUUCGGAAUGAGAAAUGCACCAGCUACUUUUCAGCGUCUAGUAAAUAAGGUGUUGAAGGGAGUUGCGGGUUGUGAAGCUUAUCUUGAUGACGUGGUGAUUUUCAGUUCAUCCUGGUUUCAGCAUGUAGCUCAGCUAGAAGAAGUGUUCCACAGGUUUGCUGUUGCUAAUUUGACAUUGAACUUGGCAAAGUGUGAGUUUGGACAGGCCACAAUAACCUAUCUGGGAAAAAUAGUUGGGUGUGGAAUGGUCUGUCCUGUUGAGGCCAAAGUGGAGGCUAUUGUGAAUUUUGGUGUACCUGGCUCGAGACGUGACUUGAAACGUUUCCUUGGCAUGGCAGGUUAUUACAGGAGUUUUUGCAGAAAUUUUGCUACAGUAGCGGCCCCUUUGACUAACUUGCUUAGCCCUAAGGUCCCAUUUGUUUGGACUGAUGUGUGUCAGUUUGCCUUUGAGAGCCUGAAAGCGCUGCUGGCUAAUAGUCCUGUUCUUGUUGCGCCUGAUUUUAGUAGGCCUUUUAAACUAGCUGUGGAUGCAAGUGAUGUUGGUGUUGGGGCUGUUCUCCUUCAAGAGGAUUCCUUAGGGGUAGAGCAUCCUGUUUGUUACUUUUCAAGAAAAUUUAAUCUGCAUCAAAAACACUACUCUACUGUAGAGAAGGAGGCAUUAGCCCUUAUUCUAGCCCUAGAUCAUUUUGGUGUCUAUGUUUCCACCAGCCAGACCCUAGUGGUCUACACCGACCAUAACCCUUUGGUUUUUCUCAAUAGGAUGAAAAACUCCAACCAUCGACUAAUGCGAUGGAGUUUGGUCUUGCAGGAAUUUAAUCUGGACAUCCAGCAUGUGCGCGGGAAGGAUAAUGUUCUUGCAGAUGCCCUGUCAAGGUCGUGAGUGUGGAUAGAUUAGGUGCUAGCCUAAUGGUGAGGUUGCUUUAGAGCAACCUGCUUAUGGGAGGGGGUGUUAUGUCCAAGGCUAAUCUCUCUAAGUUUAUUUCUAACUUCUCUGAAUUUUCUCCAUUCUUAGUUUUCAGGUGAUCAGAGGCUCCUCCUCCCCAUUUUCCCUCCUGAUCUCUGGCACCUGUUUGGAAGCCUUUAAGAGCUCUGGGUAGCUCCACCCACACUCUCUCUCACACUGCAGCCCGGCCUGCUGCAGCACCACCAGCCUCCACAAUUUAUCCUUAUUUGUUAUCUUUGGAUUUGAGACUUGACUAUAAUAAAAGUUACUUUGGUUGCAUUGGUUGUUGUUUGUCACCUGUGUUGCUUCCCAAGAGCCGGGGUCGUAACAACUGUAACUAGGAUGGCAGGCCAUCGAGCGCUCGGUCUCUCUACAUGCUGAAGUGGUGUGCGUGAGGUGCUAACGAGAGCUACACUUGGGUUUUUAAAGAUGUUUGAGGGUUGUGAGUCAUUUUUUAUUUUUUUUAUCUGUUACAGAAAAAAAGAGAACAAAGAAACAAAUGUGUAAAAAUUGAUUAAACUGUGUGUUUAUCUGCUGUAAUGUUACAAAAGUUAGCAUUUAACCAAGGAGUGUAUCAUUAU